GUAUACACUAAUAAUUAAGCAGAAAACAUAAAUGAUUAUUGUGUGUAUGAGAUGGUAGAUCUAUCUUAUGUAUGCAUGUUGUGUAGUACAUUAAUGCUUACCAACAUUGGAAUUAAUAAAUGAGGAGUGUAUUAAAUUAAAGCCCAUCUCUACCUCUUGUGAGUUUGUGCAAAACUCAGAAUGUCCCAUGUGCAUAAUCAUGCAUGCUUGUAAUUAUAUAUACUAUGCAACUAAAUAUUAAUGUAAUCUUGUUCGAUGCAUUCCUCUUUGCAAAUUUUAUACGAAGUGACAGAAAUAAAGAUUUUUCUUUUUGAUAAUUAAUGCCAUAAGUUAACAAAUGACCAAAAAAAUAUCAAAUUAUUUAUGGAGUGGAGGGAGUUUACAACCUUAGGAAAUAUUAUUGUACAUGGACUAUAACAGUGAUCAUCAACAUGUUAGAUUAUAACUUAUAUUUCAAGACAACAGAUGGCAUACUUAUAUGACAAUAGAAUGUUAAGACUUAUAGAAAACAAAAGAAAAUGGUUAUUUUAUAUAUUUAUCAUUAUGGUCGAGCACGAAUAUUACAGGAUUUACAUACUUGAUCAAAGGAUAUGAUGGUACUCGUGAUGAUUAUGAUAUAUACUCCGUUUCAUUCUCGUUUUAAGAGGACCUCAAAUUUCUCAAACUUAACGAGGUCGAUCGAUGGACAACAAAAGGUUCAUCGGAUGAACUAACGUAUUGAUUUAUAACAAAAAAGGAUAUAUAAAGCCAUCUACUAUAAGAAGUGUGAUCUUUUUGUUGAUACUUAUUCUUAAACACAAGUAUCGUCUAUGGGGAUAGCAUGUUUGUGAUCUUGGCGACAAUUGGUAAACAGUAGAAUCUCGAGAUGAACCAGAGAGCUACAUGAUUAUAUGACUUUACGCAUUUAUGUUACAUGUCUGAAUUUAAUAUGUUUGAAUAUAGUUGUCAUUCCCAAAAGUGUUGUUCUGCUUUAUUAUCUCGAAGAUGAUAUAACAAAAAAUGUUAACGUAUGUUUUUACGCUUAUAACCCUAUAAACUUCAAAUAUUAUCAUCCUUAUCCCUCUCCUUAAACACACCAUAAAAGCCGUAAACCACCUCUACAUGUUCAACAAACCCUCACUCAAAUCGGAACAUUGUUUAAGAAGAAGAAGCAGAAAGACAUGAACUCAUCUCUUCUAACUCCUUCCUCUUCUUCUUCUUCUCCUCAUCAUCUCCAAUCUCCUGCAACGUUUGACCACGAUGACUUCCUCCAAAACUUCUUCUCCUCGGCUCCUUGGCCUUCCUCCGCACUCGACGACGACGCUCCUCCCCCUACCUCUGACUCCUCCCUCGCUGGCUUUCACCAUCACGACGUUGAUUCAAGAAACCAGAUCACGAUGAUUCCUUUGUCUCACCACAAUCCAAACGACGCCGUUGAUGUUAACGUUCUCUACAGUGGCUUCUCCGCUGGAUCUCUUCCUUUCCACUUCCCUCAGGGAUCCGGAGGAGGGGUUAUGAAACAAAGUCACACACAAACGCAGUCUCAGGCAACGGCGUCAACCACCACCGGGGGUACGGCGGCGACGCCUCAGACUAAGCCUAAAGUCCGAGCUAGAAGAGGUCAAGCCACUGAUCCUCACAGUAUCGCGGAACGGUUACGAAGAGAGAGGAUAGCGGAAAGGAUGAAAUCUCUUCAAGAACUUGUCCCUAAUGGCAACAAGACAGACAAAGCAUCAAUGCUCGAUGAGAUUAUCGAUUAUGUCAAAUUCUUACAGCUCCAAGUCAAGGUACUAAGCAUGAGUAGAUUGGGAGGUGCUGCUUCUGUUUCUUCUCAAAUCUCUGAGGAUGCUGGUGGGUCCAACGAAAACACCUCCGGGGAGAAUCAGACGGCGGCGAAAAUGACGGAGCACCAAGUGGCGAAGCUAAUGGAAGAGGACAUGGGAUCCGCCAUGCAGUACCUACAAGGCAAAGGUUUAUGCCUCAUGCCCAUAUCCUUAGCCACCACCAUCUCAACCGCCACUUGUCCUUCCCGUAAUCCUCUGAUCUCAGCCGUUAAAGAAGCCGGCGUUCCUUUGUCUCCUAACGCAGCUACUACACCACUCGUUAACGUUAAAGGUGCCUCGGUGGUGACCGUUAAAGACGCUUCAUCAGUUUCCAAGCCGUGAUAACGGCGGUUAAAAUUUUAUUAACUUUCCUUUUAUCGGGAGUUAGGCUGAGUGGGAAACAGAGACAAUGCAAAGUGGGAUAGGUGGUUUUGGUCUAAGUCUAGAAAGAAUAAGGGGUUGCGUUUUGGAAUACAACACCGUAUUUGCGUUCACUUUGUUUCCGUCUUUUACCUACUACAAACCACUAUCAAUGGCACACUCAUGUUUUCUCUUUGUUAUUUUGUAUUAAGCUAAUAUCUGCAAUGGUUUUUGGUUUAUAAAGUUAUUUAUCAUUCUAAUCCAGUCGAGAUGAUGGGUGAAAUAUACUCUAAUCCAAUCGAAGCGAAUCAUGCGGAUACAUUGUAUACUUCUAUAUUGCAUUGGUAUGUCUUUCACACAAAAAAUACUGAUUCCAUCUAGCAAAAUGUCAGACCAAAAUUGUUCGAAACUCGGACCACAACCACAAGUUUGAAACAUUAUUAAACAUUUAUAGAGUAACCUAAGAGUCUAAGACUAUUAGCUAAUGUAGUAUUAUGUAAAACAAAUUAGUAUCUUAUUUCUUUAUAUUAUGAUGCAUGAGCAUUGACUUCGUGUUUAAAAAAAAAUGGAGCUAAUUAAAGCAAAUGGGAAAAGGAUAUCACGGCGAAGUUUGGAAGUAUUAGGCUUACAAGAAAAGGAAUGUGGGACACAGUUUGAUCUAACGAGUGGGUGGCUACUAACUCCACACUACACAUUCAUUUCUUUGUGAUUUUCUAACAACAAUAUCUAGCUAUAACAGUUCGAUUGUAACGAGUUUCAAAAUAAAACUACUCCGGCCUUAAAGAAGUUUAUUAUCCAUUUUGUCACUUACCUUCAAUAGGUGCAAAUAUUAUAAGCAACGCAAUCAAAACACAUAUCCUAAAAGUUGGUCAACGAGCCUAAAUAUUGGUCGACUAUAUACUCCGCAUUGUAUCUACCCGGUUUAAGAUGAGUCGGUUCUUUAAGCCAGCAUACAGAUUAUUCAUUUAGUUUGGUUGUUAUUCGUUCAGUUCAACAAUUAAUCUCUCGAUUUGAAGAUCCGUAAAAGAAUCCACAAAUCCAUAAUUCUCUAUAAGAGUAAUUUCCGGGAAAAGGGCAAAAAGAACAUUAACAUCAGCAAAUGAUCAUAAUAAACUCGCACCUGUUGCUGUGAGUAUGAGCAGGUUUGAAACUUCUGCUGUUUCUGAAAACUGGACCGCUGAUGAAGCAUUCUUAUUGAUAGAAUUCAUUGUAUAUCUUGUUCUAAGUAAAAGACCACAAAUCUAGCAUCAUUAGUAUGCAAGCAAAACGUAGCUCACACAAGAACAUAUUUAUGAUAACAAUUUAGCUACCCUUUUGAAUUCGUUAUCUCAAGGAAUGAAUUAGAGCAAACAAAUGAAAUGGUUUAGCUUUAUGGACCUAGGGCAAAAAAACAAAAAUACCACGAAGAAACUAUGAUAAGACGAAUAAUCUACAUUUCCUCAAUCCUGUAUGAGUCCACUCCGAUGGUAAAUCCAAAUAAAACAAGGUAGCAAUACAUAAAACUAGUUGCUAAAAUCUCUUACGGGCUAUUUAAGUCCUGCAGCUCACCAUAUAAGAUCAUUUAACUGAGUUCAUUAGUCAGUUGUUAGCAGAGUUCAAUUCCAUUCUCUAGCAUCUUAUCCGUAUUCUUUCCAAUUUGUUGAUAUGCUUCUGAAGCAAAACAGGAGAUAUUAAUUUAAAGAGCAUCACACACUUUUCGACAUGAACCAAGUUCUCAACAGAAAAAUGCAGAGAAGAAAUCUACUAAUACCUCAGAAUUGUUCUCUAUAUUUAUAUCAUAUGCAGAUAUGCAACAAACAAUAAUCAGAAUCUAUAGCUUUAUUGGUGAUGCAACAAAAGGAAAACAACGUAGCCUUACACAUCAGAUGGUGAAUCACACAUCAUACCAGAGACAUGGUUGAUUAGUUUCGCCUCUACAUUUCAGUCCCUCACUAUGAAAACAUGAUACUCUAAAUCAAAGCAAGAUAUAUAUAGAAUCAUUCAGAUGGUUUACGAACAGAAUCUUCUCUCUAUCCCAUUCAAAGAAUCUGACGUUUAAGGACUAUUUGAACUCAUUGAUUGAAUUACUUCAGGAACAUAUCUGAAAAUAAGCCAAUGAAGAUCAGCAAAAACAACACAGUCAACACGAUAGCCUAAACCAACACAAGUACAUGAAAUUUCUAACGUCUGCCAUAUAUAGAUCAUAUUAUAUAUGCAUGACUAUCAAGGCUCAGAAAAAGAAGCUGGAGAUAACACUUGAUGUACAGGGAAAAGCUAUUCCUCUCCCUCGUUAUCAGUUUUCAACUUUAUUUUCUGAUCUCAAGGAGAAGCACUUAAGACACUAGAAUAGGCUAUUAAGCAGAUUUACAAUUAGAUUUCAUCACAUACAACACAAGGUAUUUUGAUAAGAAUUGUGAAUAUGAUUACAGUAAACCCGGCUACAUAUUCAUGGAAACAAAACACACCACUGCUUCUUAAAACCCAUUACUGUAGUGCAUUUUGUAACUAGGCGAAAUAAUUGCAAAACUAUGCAUACAAAUACAAAAACCUUUUCCGAUACAGAACAAUCUUGCACAACAAAGCUAAAGAUCAAACCAGCGGGCAUUAACAUUUGAUGAGACAUAGUCAAUCAAGCAACAUAAGAUCAAUCAUUUCAGAAGAUAAAAACAUAGCUGUAACAUUGUCAUCUCCACAAUUAUCUAAAAAUCAACUAUCGAUUUCAAGGUGAAGCACAUUAGAAACCAGUAUCGGUACACCAAUUUAACAAUUUGUUUCAUCAAACCCAACCAAACCGAUUCCUUUUUUACUUUAGUGGUUGACACAAAAUUAGCAAAAUGCCCUCUAAAGCCAAUAUUUUGGAGAAGAAGAAAAACACCAUCUCAUGCCUUUGCUUAGUAAUCAAAGCAAUCUACACAAAAUCACUGCAAAACUAGGCAUCCAAUAUCUAAGCGCUUGAUAACUUGAUUUUGAUUUAAAAAAUACCAUUAAAAGAUAAAAUAAGCUAUGGCAACACAAAAAAAGAUGAAAUCAAGAAGAAUAAACAUAAGAUUAAAUGUAGUAACGUUCAGAAACUUUCAUAAGAUUAAUAAUUUAAGUAAAAAAUAACAGUUUGACCAUCCUUUAGCAGCAGAAGAUAAAUAAUUUUCAGUAUAGAAUAACAUAUAACUUCCCUUUGUACCACAUAAGAUAGCAAUUUCAAUAAAAACAACACUUUGGCUUGUAAGAAACCGAAAACCAAGCAAAGAAAUCGAAUUCCUAGCAAAUUUAGAAGCAAGAAUUUCAAGAACAAAGGAUAUAUAAUAGAGAAGCUUUAGGUAUAGGGUUCAACCUUUUUAUUUUGGAUCACAACUUGCACUUGCAGAGUAGUCAAUUUAAGCGAAUCUCCUUCACCUACUGCUGGAUCAUAUACCAAGAUGGACUUCAAUACACUAAUUAAUAAAAGCAUUAAUCCGUACAAACCUAACACCAAAAAGGAAAUUAUAGAGAAACGACUUUUUAAGAACAAACAGCUACAUUCAGUGCUUCAUUACCAACUUACUCAUUAGAAAAUUUCCCAUUCCUAUUGAAACGGCACAGAACUAGUGUGUACACAUGAAAUAGAACUGAAAAGAGAUCACUAAAUAUCCAUCAUUUGUGGCUUUUGGUGAAACCUGAAAGCCACAUCUGGCUUCUAAAAACUGAAAAGAAAUAAAUAUAAGGAGAAAACAGUUGCAUCAUUAGAAACUUUCAACAUGCAGAAACUUUAACAAACCAAAAAGGAAACACAAACACAGACUGCAACCCAAAUAUUAAAGAAAAAGAGACAAUCAAUAAACAGUUAAUAAAUAUUUGAGAAGAAUGUGUACUGGUGGGGGGUUCAUUAUCAUCAAAACUCGCGCAUUUCCUAGAUCCACUAAAAGAAAACAAACAUACUAGUAAUAUAUAGCACACUUAAAAUUUAAUCUCUAUGAUAAACCCAAAAAUAUAAAAUUCUGAGCUUUCCUCCACCAAAUUGCUUGAAAACAAACAUUCUUAAGCGUAAGCAAGCACCCAUUUCAACACCAAAACAAAAAGAAAUAGGAAAAACAUAUUAUAUCUACACAUAACGAAAUGAUAAAUUGAUGAUGAAAGGGCAUCAGUCUUAUCCACAUCACUAGCCAAGUGCACAACAAAAGAGAUGAUAAGAAGGUAAGUGGUAUGUAGAUGAUAGGAGGUUCAACAAAUUUCAGAGAGAGAAGAAAGAGAGAGAGAGAAAGCGAGAAGUCAGGCAACUGACAGAAAGAGCCGUGAGCACGCACACGCAAAGUUAUGGAGACAUAACAGUGCCUGCAUGUGCUCACUCUCUUCUGUCAGUUUUUCUCUGUUGCAUUUCUACAAUCACCUCCUUCUCUGUCUUUUUACAACUUAAUUCAAUAAACCCACUUGGAUUUUAUGUGCAAGUGGACUCAAACCCUCUUAAUUCUCCCUCCCUAUUCUCACAGAUCUCUUUAAACCCUAUGAUUUACACAAAAGAGCCCUGAAUCCCAUCGUAUUUUGAUUUUCAGAGAUGAGUAUUGAUGUUUGCCUGUAAUGGCUACACAGUCGGUAUAUAAAGAGAGAAGACGAAAGGAGAGAUAGAGAGGGUUCCAAGACAGCGGAGAUUGUGGUUUUUCUUUUACUUUUUUUUUUUUUGUUUUGUUUCGGGUACAAUCUUUGGUAAAGAGUUUUAGAGGGUUUCAGACACGUGUUCUAAAGUGAUUGGGUAAUAGAGCCACCUGGUGGGUCAAAUCUCUAAACAGAUUGGUCUUCAUUUAAACCGGCCUUUCCAAAGGUGGCGCGUGAGGAACACAGCCGGCGAAAAAGUCAUGUGUGAGAUUAUUUUGUCCAAUGAAUUCUUCUGUCAGACCUAACUUUACCCGUUUCUAUUAAUUUGAUGAAUUCAGCCUUUCAUUCUAUAAGCCACCCUUUGUAUAUUGAAGAGACCUAAUUUGUUACUCUCUCUCUCUCUUUCCUCAACAUGUUUAGAAAAAAACAUACAUAUUAAGAAAAUUAUUUUUUUAUUUAAAAAAUAUCACUAAAACUAUAAAAUAAUUGUAUUCAACCAAUUAUAAAAUAAAUUAUUAAAUAUGAUUGGUUACAUAAUUUUUAAUAAAAUAAAAGUUACCUACAAAAUUGAAAACAUCUUAUAUAUUGUAACAUCAAUUUUUUUUUUUGAAACAUACUACAUUUAAUAACAUAGGGAGUAUUAAAAGUUGUUUCGGUGAAUAUUUGGUUAAGAGUUUAACAUUCAUUUUAUUCGUGUUGGCCAUUAUGAGAAAGCGUUAACACUUUCUAAAACUGAAACUGUUCAAGCUAAUGUUUUGCACAUUAUGUUAAACUAAUUAAUUGUUCGAUUCAUCAGAACGCUAUUCAACCUAAAAAUCGUUUAGCUUCCUUAUUACAACAACCAUUAAGUCAGAAAGCAAUCUCAAUCAUGUGCGGACUGUCGAGAACCUUUCAAGAAGUAGAGUUCCCGGGGAACUAAGCCCUACGUAUGAGGUAUGACAGAACAAUAAAAAAAAUUCAAGAUAAAUCUUAGUAAAGUAUUUGGCUACCACUUUUUAAAGUAAAACUAGAUCUGCAUAAUUAAUUACUAUUAGAUCAUCAUAAUUAUAUACAGUUAAAAGAUUUAGAAUUUGCUUGAAAAUUAUAAUUUGGCUACCACUUUUUAAAAUACCAUUAAUAUCAUUAUAACAUUUUAAAUAUAAGAUUUAGUGAUUAUUAUUUAGGAUUUAGUAUUUAAAAUGUAUAAUUAGGUUUAUAAACUUUUAUAAGUGAUUAUUAAAUAUUUAUAAAUAAAUUAAGAGGAAUAUUUUAGGUUUCUAUUAUAAAUUUAAGAUAUUAAUAAAAUUUAUUAUUUUAAAAAAAUAAAAUAGUAUCAAAUUUAUGAUAAAAUAAAAAAUUUCUACUUGAAAUCUCUCUUCGGCGUUUUAAUCAUUCACUUGUGAUAGUUGGAAUUUGUAACCAUCAAUUAAAUCUUUUUUUAUGGAUUGAAAGUAGGAAAUAUAUUCCAUGAAGGGUUUAUUAGUUAAAUAACCAGAAAAUAGAUUUUGAAAGAAAUAGUAAAGAGAGAUAGGAAUAGAAAGUGGAAAAAAUGGAAAGUUUUAGUUAGUUAGAGUAUUUCCAAAGGGCAUUCUAUAACUUCAAAUAUGAAGUUUUUUGCUUUUCAAAAAGGAACUUCAAAAUUUCAAAUUUGAAGUUUCAUAUUUUAUUUGCAUUUUGGGCCCUACAAUUACACAUCACAUUUAUAAUUCAUAAAUAUGUUUUUGUUUAUUGUUUAAUCCUUAUAAAAAUUACAUCUUAUAAAUAUUUUAAGUUUUGUUUAUAAAAUUUAAUCUAACACAUAAAAUUAAAUAAAACUUUAAAAUUAGAUUUAAAAUAUUUAAAACUAGAUUUAGAUAACAAAAGUAUACAAAAGAAACUUAACAAAAAAGCUUUUAAAAAAUUACAUGAAGACAUAACUAUUACACAAAUUUAAAUAUUAUAUAUGCAUUACAAAAAUUACUUUAUGGAAUAAUAUUGUAUUUUGCUUGAAGUUUAAUAUUAAUUAAGUUAUUUUGUUUAAAAUUUUAUAUUUUAAUAUUAUAUUUUAUUAAUUAAUAUUGUUGUAAUAUGUUUAUAUAUGUGCUAGUUAUUUACCAAAGUUUUGUGAAUUCAAAUUAGUUAUGACAAAUAUAAAAACCAUAUUAUAAAAUACAAAUAGUUUUGAAAUUAAGUUUGAAGUUUUGCUUUUGGAGAAGAACACCUUUAAACUUUAAAUAUAGAGUUUUAGAAACUUCAAAAUAGAGUUUCUUUUUGGAGAUGUUCUUAGUAAAUUUACAAUUUCUUUGUAUAUAUGGUCUAAUUUCCUUUUCGUAAAUGUCUUUUUGGAUAUACAUUCUCUUUUGUCACGUAUGAGUAUUGAAAAAUAUUACUCUAAUUUGGCUAAAGUAAAAUUAAGUUCUAUGAUAUCCAAAAGAAAAGGAGGAUACUAUUUCAUGGAAAAGAAAAACUAAUUAAGGUUAUAGAAAAAAAUCAAGUAAAAUGAAAAAACCGCGCGCAUAAUUCAGCUUAGCCAAUAGUUUGAUGAAGCUAGACAAAUUAUCUGCAAAUAUUUGAUUGAGAUUACCAUUGACUUCGAUAGAUUAUCAACUAGCGACCAUCUUUGUUUUUAAUUAUUGACAAAAACACCAAAAAGUUACAGAAUGACAUAAUGUGUAUACACAAAGCUCAGACAUAUGUAUUUUAAAAGUUUUGUUCUUUCUUAAUUGGGUCAGGUUUUAAAUUUCCUUUUAGAUGCUAUUCAUGAUGAGUCGUUGUUAUCGUCUAUUAAUAUAUUCGUUAUCGUGGUCAAUAAUUACGUCAGAUAAACUGAUGCUAGUGAAAAACACUUCCACUAACUCAGAAUUAAAAAUUGAAUAUUUUAAACUGAAAUUAUUAAUGGCAUUGGUACAAUGUACCAAGCUACUGAACUGGUUUGAGAGAUGACUGGCGAUAAAUAGUAAGAUAUCUCAGUCUUAUCAGAUCCUCUUGUCUUCCUCUUCCUCCUAUUCAACUUUUAGAUCUAUAUUUCGGUAUUUUCCUUCUAUAUUAUUGAUAUGUUUUGGACAACCAAUCUGAUUAGUAAAUUAUAGAAUUGUGAACGAGUAUCAUCAUUUUGCUAUUUACCGUAUUCUGACAAAUACAUAUUUGCAAUUACAUCUGUCCGUACAAUCAUUAUGCAAGAUUAAUAAGCAAUAAAUUACAGUAUUUUACGACUAUUCAACACUGUUUUUCCUUCGUGUUUCGAUAAAAAUAUUUUAACGAAAAGUAGGACCGUCGUAAGAAUUAAGAAAAUAUAUAGAGUAAAUUUAAACAUAAGAGUACUACAAAUGUGCAGUGAAUUUUUUUUUUCCUUUCCAACUUUUUCUUUUCUUUUCAUUUCUAAAUUACUUAUAGAAUUUUGACAUCAUUCCGUAUUUAGGAAGAUUAGGCCACUAGAUUGUUGACAAAAAAAGGCCACUAGAUAAAUAUAUUUUAUUAUAUUAAAACUAUUAUAAUGUUGUAACGUAUUUUAUUGACUGUAUGACUGUAUGUGUUGCCUAGGAACUUGGUUUCCACCUCCAUAAAAAUGUUAAUCAACAUUUGUUAACAAUCAGUAUAUUGACCCCUGUAUGUGUUAUUAACUUAUAACGAUCACUUGAUUUUGGUCAAACAUUUUUAACAAUCAGUAUAUUGUCCCCUGUAAAAUACGAAUGACACCACAUAAAACACUUUCAACAUCACAGGGACUAUUCGGAACAGCGUUUCCUCUAUUCGGCAUGUAGAGUACUUAAAAGUUAAACAUUGGAAAUCAAAAACUACACCAUCAAAUCAGGUGUUUGUACUAACCACUGCUUAAAAUAUAAGUUUCGAUAACGAAGCUUAAUUAAUCAUUUUGUCGACUUGAAACAAUAAUUGCUAUAGUGAGCCCAGUACGUAGUACAAUACUGCAGACUUGUGGUUAACUUUGCAAAUUUUAUAAAUAUCUAAUUUGAUCAAUAGCCAUAUACUAAGGGAGAACUGCAAAUCCAAAACAUUAUAGUUCUGACAUACUCUAAAUUAAAUAAAAUAACGUUAGAAAUAAAGACCAAAUAUAUUUUUUAAAUGUUUUAAAAUAACAAUUGUUAAGUAUGGCUUUUUAACAUUUUAAUAAGAUAACUAGAUUUUGACCCGCCCUUUAAAAGGGCGGGUAUAUUUUUAUUUUAAUUUUUAUAUUUGUGUUUUUUUGUAAUUAUAUUUGUGUUUUUUUUUGUAAUCAUAUUUGUGUAUAAAUCUUAAUUAAAAUUAAUUUUAUAAAGUAACAAAAAUUUAAAAGUUGAUCCGGCAUCGCUCAGUUUUUUGUAAUCAUAUGUCCGUAUACCCGUUUUUUUAAAUUAUAUUUGUCUGUUUUAGAUCUUGAUCCGCAUGUAUAGUAUUGGUUUGUAAUUUUUUGGUUUUUUAUGUUACUGUAAAUAUGUAACAUUUUUUGUAAUUUUUUCUUAUAUGUUAAAGAAAUUUAAUAUAUAUACUGUUAUAUAACGUAGGAUUAUCUUAACGUAGUGGUUACUGUAUAUUUUUUGUUAAUUUGUAAGGAUUUUAUCUAUUUAAAAUAUUUUGUAUUUAAAUUAGCGGUUUUAAAUCCAAUUUGGACUCGCGGUCGAACCGGUAAACCCAGUGAUUUAGGUUUUAAGAAAUAUGAAUUAAUUAAAAACUUGAUAAAACCCGCAAAAACGCUAAAACGAAAGGCUAAAUAUUAAACCAAUGAGUAAUCGAUAUGUCAUAUAAUUUUAUUUAAAUUUUUACUUUAAAAGUUUAAAAUUUUCAAUGUUUAAAUUAGAUAUUUAGAUAAUUAUUAAUUUUAAUAUUAUUGUAUUUUUUGUUAUAUGCUGUAACUCCAACUUGUUAUAAAAAUUGUUUAAAUUAUAUUUUAUGUGAAAUGAAAAAAAACUUUAUUAUAUUUUUAAACAUGGAUUUUUAUUUUAUUUUAAUAUCAAUAUAUUUAUAAUUAUAUUAAAAUUAAUUAAACUACUAACCAUAGUUCUCCACGGUCAAUCCAAUAACUCAUUGACCGAAAAGUAGUCCGGUUCAAAGUAAAAUUAUGUUAAAAAAGUUAAUUAAAUUACUGACCAUAUAUUGUUCAUUUCCAUUAAUUUGUAGUGAAAGUAAUAUUAUUGAAAGUAUAGUAUCAAUAUUAUUGUUUUCAAACGACAUAAUUUCUAUUUAGUGGACUUCGCACGUUUUGUAACUAAAGGCAAAAGUAGUCGACAGUUUUUUAUAUAUUGAAAGUAGUGAAUUCCUAAUAUUUUGGAAUUAAAGGGUGACGUUACAAAAUAUGCAUACAGCUUAGAAGUAGUUUUUCUUUAGUUACGGUUAUGAAAUUUGAUUUAUUUUAAAAUAGGUCCAGUGACUCCUUAAAAAAAAAGAUAAAAUAGAUGGACUAAACUAUAUCAAUAGGUCAUGUUCCUAAUUUAAUAGUAUUGAUUUAAAUUAUUAGCAAAAGAAUUAGACGGUUAGAUUUCUAACUCUAGAUAAAUAUUCUAAGAUUAGAGUUAUUAUGGCAAAAGAACUAGAUAUUUAUUUUAAAUAAAUUGUGGUAAAUGUUUAGAGUAGAAUGUUUUGGGCAGAGAUGGAUAUAUCUCCUCCAGAUCCUGGACCAAAAUGCUACAUGUUUCAUGGCUUAAGUUCCAUGUACUGUUUACCACUUUUGAGUUUUGAUGUUAACUAUUUUAAAUGGAUUUGUUUAUGCGUUUUGUAAAUGGUUUGUGUUUUUGUACCAUGGAUUAAUCUUUUUAAUCUAAUAUAUGAGUUGCUGAAUUUUUUUGUCUCGAGCUUAAACUUGGAGAGUAAAGAAGAUUGAAUGUCCACCACUGGAAACUCUUCCUUUUUUGUGCUUUUGGUUUUGUGACUGUGUGUGGAUUGGUUUGUACCUUUGUCGACAUUUGAAGGCCUUUUAUUGUGUUCACCAACCACGUGUUUUCUUUUAGUACAUUCUUUCUCAAUUUCACCGAACCAAAUUCUCAACUGAUCAAAAGAAAACUCAAGAGCCUUAUUUGGUGUUCUUGGCAUUUCGAUUUACAAACCAACUCCACGAAGGUAUAAUUUUUUGUUUUGUUUCAGAUCUGUUUGAGCUUGUAACUAAAUAUAUCAUUAAAGUAACACAACGAUUAAAUAUAUAAAAUAUAUUAGAUGGAUUCGAACACACAAAAUUUUCACUAAAUAGCAUGAAAAAGAGGAGGCAUCUUGAAGGAUUAAAUAUGAACCAAGUCUACUUUAUGAGUCUGUGAGAACGAGGACAAAAAAUUAAUUUGAAGUGUAUUUACUCUUAAAGACAACAGGGAAACUAUAUGACAAAGAGUACGAAUAAAACGAAAUUUUGUUUGAAUUGUUUAUAUAAAGUUUGAAACAUAUAGCAUCAAGAACCAAUAGAUAAGAUAUGAUGCAUCUCCUAAGUACUAAGAAUUCGGGAGAAAUCAGAAUAAGGUUUUUUUUUUUCUGAGAUAUGCAUUGCAAACUGUUUUUAUGCUUUAUACUGGUUAAUAUAAACACUAAACUCGUGAUUAACAACUAGAUUAUGGAUGCUUCUAUGAACAUUAAAUAUGCAGUGAAU